AUGACGGACCUGCGAUCUCGCAGCCCGUCGCACGACGGCGACGAACUGCCGCAGACGAGACCCGCUGCACACGCCCCUCUGCUCGGUACCUAUGAUGUGUUCAGCCUCAUUGUCAAUAAAAUGAUUGGCACCGGCAUAUACACCAACGUGUCCACUGUAUUAGUCCUCACCGGCGACAAGGGCCUUACUAUGACGCUGUGGGCGAUAGGCUCGAUUUACACAUUAAUUAGCAUGUUGAUCUACCUGGAAUGUUCCACCGUCAUGCCGUACAACGGCGGAGAACUUGUAUACCUCGAUGAACUUACGUCCAGCCGAGGACGGUCAUGGCUCAAAAGGGCCCUAGGAGACGGCCUUUAUGCAUACGUGCAGUAUGCAUUCUUAUUUGUCGCAUUCUUCAAUUCGGCCACCAACUGCCUGCAAAUCGGGCGGCUGUUACUGUUCGCGAGAAACCCACAAGAGGAUCCGGAUCGCGACUUCUUACGCGUGAUUGCAUUCCUAGUCCUCUUGCUUCUGUGUCUUUUGCAAUACUUCUCGCCUCAGUCAGGUCGCAUGCUCAACCAAAUUUUGGCAGGCGUCAAAAUCUUGUUGCUGUUGGUUGUGCUCUGUGCAGGCUGGCACGCGAUACAGGUUGGGAUGUACCAGGGGGCAGGUUUCCAAGAAUGCGGCCCGCCGUCAGCAACCAUGUCGAAGAUUCAAGUCGCAAAAGCAUUUCUCUUGGUGAUAUUUUCCUACGAAGGAUGGGAGAAUGCAACAUUCGUUGCUGGCGAGAUUGACCCACAGAGACCAGUGACCCUUCGCAAAGGGUUCAUUCUCGCCGUCUCCGUCGUCAGCAUCUUGUACAUCGCUCUGGUCGCCACCUUCCUCAAGGCCAUCCCGUUUGUUCCUGUUGCAAUCAACUACACACCAAUGCUUUUCGGUAAUAGCGAGGCGGCAUACAAGGCAUGGUCGGUUUUCAUUGCCAUCUCUUCUCUGGGUAGCCUCAACUCGAUCAUAUACACAUUCUCGCGCAUCAAGCAAAGCAUUGGAUCAGGCAAUAUCCUUCCCUGGUCGGAUUUCUGGAAGAGCGACUCGCCAUCUGCGGGCCACGAGGAAGCUCUGGACCAGUAUCUCGCGCCUAGAGGAGGCCUCAUACUCCACGGGAUCAUGACUACUGCCCUCAUUGGCGCAUCGGCAUCAAUCAAAACACUCCUAGAGUCAGUCAGCAUGCCGGGCAUGCUCCAGACGUACGCACACUGCGUCAUCCUGACAGUCAUGGGCUUUGUCGUUCUCAGACUUCCGUCGAGGACAAAGCACCUCGAGGAAGUCAACACGCGGGACCAUAAUAGCGAAACAGGAAUGGAUGUGCACGGAGGGAGCAACGGAUGGGAAUGGGAUCUGAAGUUGAGAAACUGUCGGGGUUGGUGGCGAUUCGUACCAGCAUUCUUCUGCAUUGUGUAUGGGUUGGCGAAUCUGUGGGUUGUCAUCCUCAGCGUCAUACCUCCCUACCGUGAUCAAGACGGAUUUCCGACGGCAGGCGUUUGGAGCAACUCGACUGACGGCAAGACCUUGACCUGUACGGACUCCGGCUCGAGCGUGAAUCUGACAUUCCCUUACCCUGUUGCUCUCGAUGAGGAGGAUGCGCUACAAGGCUGGAUCCUUCCCGCGACGACUUUCGGGGUCAUGCUCCUCGCAACUUGCUAUUAUCUCGCGGUCUUUGGCUCGAGCCAAGAGCCGCCUUUCUGGCGAUGGUGUCUGACUCAAUAUGCUGGCGUCCGGCCAUUGAUCCGCCAAUGGGAAGGGUACGACUGGCGCUUGGAACAAGUCCGACGGUUUGGAAGAAGGCGCGACAUCGCAUUCAACAGGAGAGACGAGAAUUCGGAGGUGGGGAUUCUGUACUGGCUAGGAGGCGGAUCAAGUUUGUUCGUGAACAAUAGUGGGAGCCACCCGGUGGAACGCUGGCACGACUACAGGCACGGAUGGGGAGAUGCAUGGCAGGAAUUUCACAAACGGCAUCUGAGGCGGAGGCGCAGUAUUUGA